UUAGGUGUCGGUUCCAUCUUUCAGAAGUUUUACUCCGCUCUAGCAGUUCCCAGUUAAAUUUAUGUAUGGCUCAACUAAAGUUGCAGCCUCUGGCAUCCUCCUUUCUCUAUUUUGGACUGGUAACGUUUAUCCUUUUCCUUCAGAGUUUGCAUGUCGACGCUGGUGCAAGCAACAGUCCCCAAAAUACAGUACAGAACGACACCUGCUCAGGAUCAUAUGAAUGCAAGGAGGGUGUCAUUUUGCCAAUAUGGUACCCGGAAAAUCCAUCUAUGGGGGAUAAAAUUGCCAGAGUCAUUGUGUACUUUGUGGCAAUGAUUUAUAUGUUUCUUGGCGUGUCCAUUAUUGCGGACCGCUUUAUGGCAGCCAUUGAAGUUAUAACAUCACAGGAAAGAGAGAUUGUCGUAAAAAAGCCCAAUGGAGAAACUUCUACUACCACCAUUCGGAUAUGGAACGAGACUGUCUCUAACUUGACUCUUAUGGCUCUUGGCUCAUCUGCACCUGAAAUCCUCUUGUCUUUGAUUGAGGUAUGUGGCCAUGGAUUUCUUGCGGGUGAUCUUGGCCCAUCUACAAUAGUUGGGAGUGCAGCUUUUAACAUGUUCAUUAUUAUGGCACUCUGUGUCUAUGUCAUACCAGAUGGAGAAAUUAGAAAAGUAAAGCACCUCAGAGUGUUUUUUGUCACCGCAGCAUGGAGCAUUUUUGCAUAUAUAUGGUUAUACAUGAUACUUGCCGUGUUCUCUCCAGGAGUAGUGCAAGUCUGGGAAGGUUUGCUCACUUUAUUUUUUUUCCCAGUGUGCGUUGUUCUGGCAUGGGUGGCCGAUAAACGCCUUCUGUUCUACAAAUAUAUGCACAAAAGGUAUCGUACUGAUAAACACAGGGCAAUCAUGAUUGAGACAGAGGCAGAGCAUCCAAAAGGGAUUGAAAUGGAUGGCAAGUUGAUGAAUUCUCAUUUUCUGGAUGGGCAUCUCUUGAACAUGGAUGUUAAAGAAGUGGAUGAAUCACGAAGAGAUAUGAUUAGGAUCCUUAAGGAGUUAAAACAGAAGCAUCCUGAGAAGGACUUGGACCAGUUAGUAGAAAUGGCGAACUAUUAUGCUUUGUCUCAUCAGCAGAAAAGCCGAGCUUUUUACCGUAUACAAGCCACUAGAAUGAUGACAGGAGCAGGUAAUAUUUUGAAAAAACAUGCUGCCGAGCAGUCCAAGAGAAGUUCCAGCUUGCAAGAUAUCUGUCUGGAUGAAUCUGAGGAGUUUGUGUCAAAGAUUUAUUUUGAUCCAUGCUCCUAUCAGUGUCUUGAGAACUGUGGUGCUGUUCUCUUAACGGUGGUGAGGAAGGGUGGUGACAUUUCAAAAACAGUUUUUGUUGACUACAAGACAGAAGAUGGCUCAGCCAAUGCAGGUGCUGAUUAUGAGUUCACAGAGGGGCAGUUGGUCUUCAAGUCUGGGGAAAUCCAAAAGGAGUUUUCAGUUGGGAUUAUUGAUGAUGACAUAUUUGAAGAAGAUGAGCAUUUCUUUGUAAGGCUUAGCAAUAUACGAAUAGCAGGGGCACCAGAGCCAGCAGAGCCCAAUAGCUUUAGUUAUCCAAAAGCUGUCCUUGUCUCGCCCCAUGUUGCUUCAAUUACUAUCUUGGAUGAUGACCACGCUGGCAUAUUUACUUUCGAAUGUGACAUAAUACGUGUUAGUGAAAGCAUUGGUGUGAUGGAGGUUAAAGUUCUUAGGACAUCAGGUGCUAGAGGAACAGUCAUAGUGCCCUAUAGGACAGUUGAGGGGACAGCCAAAGGAGGAGGAGAAGAUUAUGAAGAUACUUAUGGAGAACUGGAAUUCAAGAAUGAUGAAACUGUGUAAGUGAUUUACCAUUUUUAUUAUUCAGUAAUGUAUUUGUAAUUGUGAAAACUGAACUUGACUUCGGAUCUGUGGCUUCCAUUUCUCCUUAUUCAGUUUUUCACUUUAAGGUAUGAUCUUGUUGGGCUUUCUGUCUUAUUUUUAAACCAUAGUAUUUGAUCAUAGAUAGACUGAUGCUUUUUCCAGUCACCUAGAGUGCUAGUUAUAUGGAAUGUAUAAUAAUGUAGAAUACUAUGAGCUUGUCGGUUAGUUGCUUCUUAUAAUGAAAAUCUAUUCAUAAAUGCAAGUAGUUUUGAUCGAUGAAGCUAAAAAGCUGUAAGUAGCAGCACUGCUGAUAUUAAAUCUGUCACUUAAGGAGGAAACCAUCAGGGUUUUUUCCUUUAAAGGAGAAGGAAAGGUUAAAACUAAGUAAGUCCUAUCACAAAGGUCUAUAUAAAUACACCAGUAAACCCCCAAAGUAAUGCUGCUCUGAGUCCUCUGUCAAAAGAAACAGCACAUUUCUUUCCUUCUAUUGUGUACUCAUGGGCUUCUGUAUAAGACUUCCUGCCUUCAGCUUAAACCUCAUUGCCCUGGGCAAGAGCAUGCUCAGUUUGCUCCUCUUCCCCACCCCCUCCCUUCUAGACUGUAAUCUGAGCCCAGAGCAGGGAGAGACUCAGGCAGGAAGUGAUGUCACACCAAGCUAAUAUGGCAGCUGCUAUCCUAAACAAACAGAGAGUUUCUAGAGCUUUUUACUCAGGUAUGGUAAAACAUUCUACAGAAUAAAUAUAUCAUUCUAGCUUGCACUAUUGCAGCUAAUCUAUUGGCAAUAAAAUGCCUCCAUAGCUUUCCUUCUCCUUUAACAAUGGCACUAGAACUGGGUGUUUCAUGAGAGUUAUCCAGUGUCAGCCAUGGCUUAUUAUACAAUAACCCUGUUUAUCAUACGUAAAUCUUUUUUAUUUAUUAUUUUAUUUUUAUUGUAAUUAUGCUUAAAAACUAUAGGAAAAAAGCAAAAGUACAUUGA